AUGAAAUCCAUGGAGAUAUCCGUCCAGAUCCUAUCGGGAAUAGGCAGGCUGAGCAGGAAUCCGGGUUUGAGCGUGUUUUACGGCUUUUGCUGCGUGGAGUCCGGACAAGAGAGGAGGGCGUCUGGAAAGUGCGUCGGCGACCGCGUUGGUGAUACUCUUGAUAUACUUGACGGCGAAGUCAUACUGCCUGUGCUUGAUAUCACCCGUGUGGGGAUCGGGCCCGGGCUCGCACCUUGCCCCGAUGAACCAUGCGGUGCUACCAAGUGUAACGCUUGUUCUCUGGCCUUUAUCUGGCCAGAGACGAGCCGCAAUCAGUGGCAGAAGGACUUCACUGCACUAGCAGCAGCACCAGGGUCAGCAGCAGCAUCAGCUGCUGCUGCUGAUACAGCAGCAGCAGCAGCUGAUGCUGCUGCUGCUGCAACAAAACUAUCGCAGCUAGAAGCAGCAGAAACUGCACCAAACAAAGAUGACUCUGCACGGUGCGAAGCCUUCUUCUUCAAGGAAGCAGCACAAGUGCUGCAGCAGCUGCAGCUGCUAUCCAGUCUCACGCAGGAGGCAGCAGCACUUGCUGCUGAAGAUCCCUCUACAUAUAAGAGAGCAGAACCAGCAGCAGCAGCAGCACCAGCAGCAGCAGCAGCAGCAGCAGCGCCAGAAAGGGCAGCAGCAACAGCUUCUCAUGUGUCUGCGUCAAGCAACCCGUUUCCGGGUAGUGGUUCUGGGGCACCGACUGCAGCAGCAGCAGCAGCAGAAGCAGCAGCAGCAGCAGCAGAUAUGGAGCCUUUAACAGUAUUCAAUGUAAAGAGGUGGCUGCGAUGCUUCUGCAGCAUUGCUGCAGAUGUUGUCUAUACACUUGAGCGGUACCAGGAGCAGCCGCAGCUGCUGGACCCCCAUCUCCCUCAGCAGCUAGAAGUAGUAGUGCAGCCUAUCAGGAGCAACCUGCUGCUGCUGACGCAGCAAGCACAGCAGCAGCAGCAGCAGCAGCAAGAGCAGCAGCAGCAGCAGCAGGGGGACAAUUUAGUUCGUUGCAGGUGGGCAGCUGCGGUUACUUGCUGCUGCGUUCGUGUGCUGCUGCACCUGGUGUACAUACACUGCAAGGUGAGGGGAACCAAGGCCAUUCGCUCGCUGCUGCCGCAGGAGCCGGAGCUGCUGGAGCAGGUGUUAGCUGCUGCAGAUGCCCUGCAGCAGCAGCAGCAACAGCAGCAGCAGCAGCAGCAAGAGCAGCAGGAGCAGCAGCAGGAGGAGGUCCAGCCGGAGCAACAUCCGAGUAGCGACGAACCCCUUGCAGGAGCUGCACAAGAAGCAGCAGCAGCAGCAGCAGCAGCAGCAGCAGCAGAAGCAACUGCUGCUGCAGUUUGUAUGAACAGCGCGCCGCUAUGGAGCUGUGUCUUCUCCCUCUUCGCUUGGCUUUCGUUGCUGGUGCUGGCCCCCUUUAGUUUGCUGUCUCUUGACUCUAACAGCAGCACAAACCAGCAGCAGCAGCAGCAGCAGCAGCAGCAGCAGCAGCAGCAACAGCAGCAGCAGGAGCAGCAGCAGCAGGAGGAGACAGAGGCGCUGCAGCAGCAGCAGGAAGAAGAGGAGCAGCUGCAGCUGGCAGCAGCAGCAGAUGCACCCCUGGGGCUACAGCAGCAGCAGCAGCAGCAGCAGCAGGAGGAGACAGAGGCCCUGCAGCAGCAGCAGGAAGAAGAGGAGCAGCUGCAGCUGGCAGCAGCAGCAGAUGCACCCCUGGGGCUGCGGCUGCUGCAGCUGGCCCUCAGCAGCUUACCCCAAGCAGCAAAAACAGCAGAUGCUGCUGCGCUGCUGCUGCAGUCUCUCUUCCUCAGGCCAGACACGCAGCAGCAGCAGCAGCUGCUGCUCAGGGCCUUUCUAAGGUACUGCGAGCUCAAACUGUGGGGCCCCGGCAACCAACAGCAGCAGCAGCAGCAGCAGCAGCAGCAGCAGCAGCAACAGCAGCAGCAGCAGCAGCAGCAGGGGCUCGGCAGCCUCUUCGAUAGCGAGCAAACUAAUGGCAAGUUUAUUUUAUGCAGCUAUCUUUUAUUUAUUUCUUUUCACAUAAUUAUAUAUCUUGUAUAUACAAUAUAUAAUAUAUAUAUAUAA